AUGAGAACUAUUUUUGUUUAUACGGAUCGUUGGGAUCUUGUUGAGAAUGGUUUCGAGGAACCUGAAGAUGAAGGAGCUUUGACAAAUCCCCAAAAGAACCAAUUGAAAGAGCAAAGGAAGAAGGAUUUAAAGGCUCUCUCUUUGAUUCAACAAGAAGUUUCAGAAGCAAUCUUUCCAAGAAUUAUCAAUGCUACAAAAGCAAAUGAGGCAUGGGAUAUUCUUCAAAAAGAGUAUAGAGGCAAUUUGAAGGUAAGAACCAUCAAACUUCAAUCACUGAAAAAAGAUUUUGAAAAUAUAAAGAUGAAGGAUGUGGAAUUAUUGAAGGAUUAUUUUUCUAGCUUUACGAAACUUAUGACCCAAAUGAAAAUUUAUGGGGAUAAUAUUUCUAAUCAAAGAGUUGUUGAGAAAAUUUUGUUAAGUUUGUCGGAGAAAUAUAAUUCUAUUGUUGUUGCCAUUGAAGAAACUAAAGAUCUUGCUGAUUUGAGUAUUGAAGAAUUGAUGGGUUCAGAAGAGGAAGAGGAAGAGGCAGAGGAAGAGGAAGAAAUGCAAAUGGAAGAGCAAGAAAUCCAAAAGGAAGAGAAAGGUCUAAUUUUCAAGGAAAGGAAAAUGAAGAGUCCACUUAACAAAAGUGUGGAAUUUGCAAUCGAAGCAAUCAUGUUGAUAAAGACUGUUGGUUUCAGAAAAAGCCAAAAUGUUACAAUUGCAACAAAUUUGGGCAUGUCAAGAAGGAUUGGCAAGUCAAGAGCACUCAACAAGCUAAUUUCCCGAGAAGCAAGAAAGUGA